AUGGCCUAUUUGUUCGCUACUGUGUGUACACUCUUGGGUGUUUAUGCGCGACAGAAGGUCUUGAAGCUCCUUCUUGGAGUAGGGAUAUCCAAAAUUGUAUUUUGGAUCUCACUGCUGAUAGUUUCGCAAUUGACCGCCAUCCGGACUUACAUGCCGUCUCCAUGGACUGUUAUUGCGUUGUUUCUAGUUGCGAGGGCUUUAUCCCAAGCAGGCGAAUUUGAAAUAAAACCAGAUCCAACUGCUCGGAAGUUACCAGGAAACGGAGGAGAAGACUCAAGAUCUAGGACAUCGAAUCAGUCUACAAGACCUAUAUUACCAGAGGAGCCUGAAAUUUCUUACGAGUUAGAACAUAUUAUAGACAACAUCAUAAGAGAUUUCGUUGUUAGCUGGUACAGCUCCAUCAGCGAUGAUACGGAAGCCCCAUUCCUAUCCGAACUGAGCACAAUACUAGACGAAAUGACCAGAAAAUUUCAGAAGACCGUGUGCAAAAUUGAUCUUCCUGAACUACUCAUAUGUAAAAUACUCCCUGUGGUAACCAGACACUUCAAGGCUUAUAAAACUGCUCGGAAAGCUGUUAAAAUUAUUCACAAUGAUGCUAGAGAGGAUAAUCAGUCAUUUGCAAUAGCGGUGGAGUUUGGGAGAGAGUACAAAAUCCACAAAUCCAUUUCUCUCGGCCUAGAUGACCUAUCAAUCGGCCUGGAAAAGUACUCGAGACUAAACUCAGACCUUCUACUACAGACGUUGAUGAGCCCGAAACAACUUUCUUCAAGAUUUGUCCGGAUUAUAAGUCGUGAAGUUCUUUGCUGUUGCAUUUUUAGCCCUUUAUUACAAAAGGUCACAGAACCGUGCUUUAUUAAUGCUUUUAUUGUAUCGACUGCUGAUGCUUUACUUGAGGAAAGAAGCCAGGUCAGAGAACUAAGAGCAGCACUAUCAAGUCAACUGGACGAAUCCCCGAGUACUUCAUCUCAGCCUUUCGACCAGAGCUCUUUGCUUAACGAUGUUGUUAUAGGCAUCGAGGCUGAUGCCAGCGGAUUUAAGGAAGUUUUGAAGGGAAUAAGCUGCAUCAAAACCGAGAAAACACUGAGGUCACUUAAAGUCUCCCUCAUGUGUCAGAUCGUAAAACUAAAGAAGUUAGAAAAUUUGAGGAAAGAAGAAUCUCUUCUACUGAGUCGAUACAAUUUGGCUCUUAACUUGAUAGAAAGCCGCCUCAGGUACCUGAGGACUAAUUUGUUUGGGCUACCGCCUUCCCAAGCGACAGUUGAGUCGGGGGAAUUCGAGGCUCUUGAAAAAUUCAUUGAUUCGGUUUCAAUAAGUGAUGUGCUCAAGGACAAAAGUUGCAAAGGGUUUUUCUCAGAUUAUUUGCGGACGCAAGACACCAAAGGCGAGCGCUGUUUAGGAUUUUGGUCGAAAGUGGAAGAGUUCAAAAACCCAUUAGAAGAUGCAAACAACGGGGAACUUGCGGUGGUGUCAGAUGAGGGUUUCGAUGAUCUGGUAAAAAUUGUAGAGGAGUUCUUCGCGGGUCGAAAUUUGUUUAUAAUGCAGGCCCUGAACGAGCAGUGCGCGGCGCACGUUUCCGAUUUUGGGUCAACUCUGACUCACAAUGGGAAAGUUGCCGCUUCAGAGCAUUACUCGGCUGCUCGGAGAAACGUCUUACAGCUGCAUUCAUUGGCAUUCAAUUUUCUCGAACGGUCCUGUUUUCCUGCUUUUAAACAAUCCGAUGAGUUUCUCCGAAUGGUAUCUGACUCAGAGUCUCAAGCCUCCAUCUCUGCGUUCAAGACAAUCGCAGCUGAAUUGGCAAAUAACGAUGAUAACAUGGGCUGGAACUCUCCUCAUUCGAACGCCAAUGAUGUGGCUCAAGUUCUAGAAAGUCUUGAACAGAAAGAGAACAAAGAUCUUGAGGGCAGAACUACCAACGGAGUUCGAGCCCGCAAAUCAUAUUCAAACUUGUUUGGAAAACGUAAUGACAGCAGCCUAUUUGAAAACAAGAUCUUCGAGGAUGAUGGGUCUAUGAAUGAAGAAUACGAUACUUGCAGUGAUGAAGACGGCCACGAUUCUUCAUACUUACUUGAAAGUUCGGAAAGCUCAAGGAAAACUGGGUGUGAUGAAUCUGAACCUGAUUUAGCUAUCAGAAGUCUAAAUCAGUCAACGCUGAAGAACACCAUUGCCGAGCUCACAAUUUCCAUUGAUCACUUAAAGAAGCAGCUUUCACUUAUCAAUCAUCUCGGUCUUAAAGCGGAUCUCACUGACAGCGUUCCAGAAUUGAGGCUUUUGAGAAAGUCAGAAAGAGCUGUCAAUAGGGAGAUUCUUCAGCAAGAGCUGUUAAGGCAACAGCUAAUUGUUCAAGAGGACGCUAACAGUCUUUACAAAAAGUGCCAAAUAUCAAUCAAAACCUCCCUAAGUGACAUUUCUCCGAGGAGUGGUAGAGAAGUCGUAUUUUACGUGGUAAGCGUGAGUCACGUCAGCAAUGAGAUCUUGACUUCUUGGGAUGUACCACGAAGAUACAAUGAGUUUUACGAGCUGAAUGCUUACCUGAAGACAAGAUACAAAGGACUUGUCAACUUUCUACAACGAAAAGAGUAUUUCCCGGAAAAGGUCAAAAUGUCGUUGGUGUAUCACGUAUCCAAGAAUCUUCUGUAUAAGGAGAGAACAGUCAAGCUCGAAAGGUUCUUGAGAUGCCUUUUGCAAAUUCCGGAAAUUUGUCAGGACACUCAUUUCCGAAGGUUUUUAACGGACACGAAUUCUGCAUUUACUAUAAAGCAAGGCUUGGGUCGGAAGGAAAAUAGGGAAAAACUACUCUCAAGGGUAGACUCGGUGUCUUCAAAGCUAUUUGAAUCGAAAGCGAACGUGUCUGCGCCUUCCGGCACACUGAAGGAAGCAAAGACGAGCGUUUCGUUGCGGCACAAUUAUGAUAAUUUGUUUCUUGACGACGAAGAAUCCAAAAAAGGUGUCUUUAUCAGGCCACUAUGCGGGUUUUUGGUAUCAGUUUUUUCACUUAAAGACUCGCGGUCUAGUUGGCUGAGGGGACGAGCCUUACUCGUAGUGAUUCAGCAGUUGUUGGGAAGCACCAUUGAGAAAUACAUCAAGGAUUCGAUAGAGAGAAUAACAAAUCCAGCUAGUAUUGCGGCAACAGCGAGGAAAAUUCGCAUGAAGCUCUGGGUCGAUGAUGUCUUUUUCAAGAACUCCGAACAGAAGGAUCUUAUUCGAGAAAGAGAAGAAGGUGCGCAAAUUGGGAUGGAAGCUAAAAGCAAAUUACAAAAUCUAAUGGGAGAAACAUGUGGGCGCGUGUUUGGAUUGAAGACGUCAAAAGAAGCAAGCGCGGAGAUCUUCUCGAUGCUUCAAAAUGAAUAUUUAAAUGCCAGUUUGCUGCUAGAGAUAAUUGACAUCAUACUAGCGGAGCUUUUUGCUAACAUAACGUGA